UCCGCCCGCACGUCUGUCGCCUGCACACGCCCCCUGCGCCCCGGGCGCACGCCGGUCGGAAGCUGGAGUGCCUGGCUGGGCUCCCAGGCACCAGCGCGCCCGUCAUGGCCAUAGACCCGUUGGGAAGGUCCUUCGAGUGAGGGAGGUCAUGGAGGAGGAGGCGCGGCCGGCGGCGGGGCCCGGCGAAACGGCGACCCCGGCGCGCGAGACGCCUCCCGCGGCUCCCGCCCAGGCCCGCGCGGCCUCAGGUGGGGUCCCCGAGUCCGCGCCCGAGCCGAAGAGGCGGCAGCUCGGGACGCUACUGCAGCCGACCGUCAACAAGUUCUCUCUCCGGGUCUUCGGCAGCCACAAAGCGGUGGAAAUCGAGCAGGAGAGGGUGAAGUCCGCCGGGGCCUGGAUCAUCCACCCCUACAGCGACUUCCGGUUUUACUGGGAUCUGAUCAUGCUGCUGCUGAUGGUGGGGAACCUCAUAGUAUUGCCUGUGGGCAUCACUUUCUUCAAGGAGGAGAACUCCCCACCUUGGAUCGUCUUCAAUGUCCUCUCUGACACUUUCUUCCUGCUGGAUCUGGUGCUCAACUUCCGAACUGGCAUCGUGGUGGAGGAAGGUGCUGAGAUCCUGCUGGCGCCAAGGGCCAUUCGCACACGUUACCUACGCACCUGGUUCCUGGUUGACCUGAUCUCCUCCAUUCCUGUGGAUUACAUCUUCCUAGUAGUGGAGUUGGAGCCACGGCUAGAUGCGGAGGUCUACAAAACAGCUCGGGCCCUGCGCAUCGUCAGAUUCACCAAGAUCCUUAGCCUGCUGCGACUGCUCCGCCUCUCCCGCCUCAUCCGCUACAUACACCAAUGGGAGGAGAUCUUUCACAUGACCUAUGACCUGGCCAGUGCGGUGGUUCGAAUCUUCAACCUCAUUGGGAUGAUGCUGUUGCUGUGUCACUGGGAUGGUUGUCUGCAGUUCCUGGUCCCUAUGCUCCAGGACUUCCCUUCCGACUGCUGGGUCUCCAUGAACCGCAUGGUGAACUACUCGUGGGGCCGCCAGUAUUCUCAUGCCCUGUUCAAGGCCAUGAGUCACAUGCUGUGCAUUGGCUAUGGGCAGCAGGCACCCGUGGGCAUGCCUGACGUCUGGCUCACCAUGCUCAGCAUGAUUGUGGGGGCCACCUGCUACGCCAUGUUCAUCGGUCACGCCACCGCACUCAUCCAGUCCCUGGACUCUUCCCGGCGACAGUACCAGGAAAAGUACAAGCAGGUGGAGCAGUACAUGUCCUUCCACAAGCUGCCGCCUGACACCCGGCAGCGCAUCCAUGAGUACUACGAGCACCGCUACCAAGGCAAGAUGUUCGAUGAAGAGAGCAUCCUGGGGGAGCUGAGCGAGCCGCUUCGGGAGGAGAUUAUUAACUUCACCUGCCGGGGCCUGGUGGCCCACAUGCCGCUGUUUGCCCACGCUGACCCCAGCUUCGUCACUGCAGUGCUCACCAAGCUCCGCUUUGAGGUCUUCCAGCCGGGGGACCUGGUGGUGCGUGAGGGCUCCGUGGGCAGGAAGAUGUACUUCAUCCAGCACGGGCUGCUCAGUGUGCUGGCACGGGGCGCCCGGGACACUCGCCUCACUGAUGGAUCCUACUUUGGGGAGAUCUGCCUACUGACCCGGGGCCGCAGAACGGCCAGUGUAAGGGCUGACACCUAUUGCCGCCUGUACUCACUCAGCGUGGACCACUUCAAUGCGGUGCUUGAGGAGUUCCCAAUGAUGCGCCGGGCUUUUGAGACUGUGGCCAUGGACCGGCUUCGCCGCAUCGGCAAAAAGAAUUCGAUAUUGCAGCGGAAACGCUCUGAGCCAAGUCCAGGCAGCAGCGGUGGUGUCAUGGAGCAGCAUUUGGUACAGCACGACAGAGACAUGGCUCGUGGUAUUAGGGGCCUGGCUCCUGGCACAGGAGCUCGACUCAGUGGAAAGCCAGUGCUGUGGGAACCACUGGUGCAUGCGCCUCUGCAGGCAGCUGCUGUGACUUCCAACGUGGCCAUAGCCCUGACUCACCAGCGAGGCCCUCUGCCCCUCUCCCCGGACUCUCCAGUGGCCCUCCUUGCUCGAUCUGCUAGACGCUCAGCAGGCUCCCCAGCCUCCCCACUGGUGCCUGUCCGAGCGGGUCCUCUGCUGGCCCGAGGACCCUGGGCGUCCACGUCUCGCCUGCCUGCUCCACCGGCCCGAACCCUCCAUGCCAGCCUAUCCCGGGCAGGGCGUUCCCAGGUGUCCCUGCUGGGCCCUCCCCCAGGAGGAGGUGGUAGGAGGCUAGGACCUCGUGGCCGCCCACUCUCUGCCUCUCAACCUUCUCUGCCUCAGCGAGCAACAGGUGAUGGCUCUCCCGGGCGCAAGGGCUCUGGAAGUGAGCGCCUGCCCACCUCUGGGCUCCUGGCCAAACCUCCAGGGACAGUCCAGUCGCCCAGGCCAUCAGUGCCUGAGCCAGUUACCCUCAGAGGUCCCCAAAUUUCUGCCAACAUGUGAAAUCCUAGGUUGCACUGGCCUUAGCUAUUGGCAUGUGGUAGGUAAUACGUGCCUGCGGGGGGGAGGCACUUGGGGAAGGCUGACAGGAUCUAACAUACUGCCCUUUAUUACCAUGAAGCUGUUCUGCAGCCUCAACUCAAGCAGCUGCAGUCUCUUCAUCCUAAUCAUGUCCCAUCUCUCAUAGGUACCCAGUGCCUACCAUGUUCAAGGCUUUGUUCUGGGUACUGUGUUUCUCCACUGCCAAGUAGAAGUGACUCAAAGCCCGCUCACAAGGGAAUCCCCCGGCCUCCAUCCUGCCAGGUGCAGGCACGGGCCCACAACCCUGCCUUUACUAAACACAAAUGUUCUUGCUGCCACCAUCACUGCCGACUAGAUAGCUGUCUCCCUGUCAGUGACCCUGCAGGUUCUGCCCACUGUGUCUUAUCUUCAUAGCUGGAUACUGUCAAUUAUCUAUUACAACCAACACGUGUCUAGGUCCUGAGUACCACCGCCUGUGGGCCGUCCUCGCCUACACUGAGAACACGUCUGCCCACUGUAGCGUGCCCUCCACGGCUCCCGUGUGGUAGCUCUGCCUUUGUAAACUAGAAACUGCUCUUCACUGUGCUCCCUGCCUCAGCGGCACUCCCCUUAAAGCUAAGGGAUACUUGGCAUCCCUUUAGCAACUGUGCCAGCCUAACUCCCCCCUGGAGGGGGGCACGGGGCUGGAUCCUCAUGUGACCUUUAUCUUUCCCUCUGUCUUAUUUAUUCAGUCAUUUAUUAAUUUUAUUUAUUCAUUUGCUAA